AUGGUAGAGACAUUAAAGUUGUUUGAUGUGUAUAGGAAGAAGUGUCAUGAGAAGGCAAAUGAAUUGACAGCAUGUCACUCUCAACUCAGUGAUGUAGUCGAUACCAAAUCAUCAUGUAUAUCAUUCGCCAAAGAGAACUGUUCAAAGAUUAGAAUAGUUCUCUCUGGUCCAACUCAUUCUGGAAAGUCAACAUUGACGAACACAUUGCUAGGAUGUCAACUGAUGCCAUCAGGUGCUGGUCACACGAGUGGAAGGAUAUGCAUUAUGGCUUACUCGAAAAAGAUCAGAAUCAAGUUCUAUACAAUCAUACUUCCUUAUGACAAGGAGCCCGGCAUGUUGAAACGCAUCGACAAUGAGACCAUCACAUUGGAAUCGAAGGAGUUCAAUGCAGAGACAAAGAAGAAACUAUUGUUGCUGAUGAAAGAGUCACUUGGACGAACAGCGGAGAUCGACAACGACCCAGAGAAGUUCGAGAGGUGGGCCAGAAAGAUUGUGAAGGUCAAGUUCCCGUCACCACUGCUCGAGACUGGCAUUGAGAUCGUCGAUGUGCCAGGCUUCAGUGUGUCGGACAGUUCAUCACUGCUCCCUAUACGUACGGACUUCUUCAAGGUGUACAAUCCCAACGGAGUUAUCUUUUGCUACAACAACACGGCCGUCUCGGAUGGUGAGGUGUUGGCUCUCCCUGACCUGAUGAAAUCACUGCCCAAGGACUGGACCGCCAAGGAGUCGGUCUUCUUUGCCAACACCAAAACGUCAAAGAGCGAGGUGGCUGUCAACAACGGCAUGGACCCUCUAGAUGAGGUUCCCCUCGAGUACAUACACACCCACAUGGCAGACAGCCUUAACAAGCUCAAAGGCUCGAGUUUCAAUGACGCCACCAACCGCAUGUGCAUUCACGAGCGGCGAUUCGCAAUGGUCAAUGCAAUGGAGUUCGCAAAAUCCCCAAAGUCCGUCGAGAACAGAUUCAUCUUCCAGCAUUUCAUCAAUCGGCUCGUCAGAUGGAUGGGCGGAUUGAUCCAGAGACAGUGCGACAUGGUCCUGACGCUGCUCGAGCUAGAGUGUCUGUUCAUGACCAUCAAGAUCGAGUCGGUCCAGUCAUACAUCAGCAACAUCGUGGACUUUAACACCUUGCUCAAAGAGUCCGACCAGUUGUCCAUUGACUUUGCGGCCGUCGUCAUCGUCACAAUGAUCAAGGUGAUCGAGACCAUUCCCGCCCUGGUGAAGAGGGCCUUUGACCACAACCAGGAGCGUAUCAAGGACUUCCAGCAGACCGUCAACAAGCUGGCACAGAACGACAUCUCGUUCCGUCUGCUCGCCGUCGAGUUCCUCUUUGAGCAGGUGAUUAAGAAGGUGAUCAAGCUGAUCGAGGAAGUCACAGCCACGGCCAUCAGCGGGCUUACCAAGAAAUACUUUGAGAAGGGUGACUUUGUCAACCUGAUCAUGCGAGGUACGAUGGAGGACAUGGAGAGUGCUCUCAAGUCGUCCUUCCCCACCCUUCUGUCAACCGCUCUCUCUGGGGCCAUCAGCUCAUCGAUAUUCGAAGGCUUCCUGCUCUACUUCACAGUACCCACAGGCAAGGCCAAGGCCGAGAGCAAGAUGGACCUCAAGACACUGGUCGAGAAGUAUCCCGAGUCGAUCAGUACGAAAACACUGGAGAAGGACAUCGUCCAGGCUGUGAUCACUCAGUUCAAGAUGUUCAAAACCUUCCAAAUGCUGCAGCACGACCGACUGCGACUGUUGAUCAAGUCAUCCAACCUAUUACCGGCGCACAUCACCACCUGCCUCAACAGCUACCACACACUCUACCUGGAGGUGCUCGCCCUCAACUGCAACGUGCACUUCCCCUUUAAAGGUCUGCAUGUUGAUCGAUCCAAGGUUGUGGCUAUUGGUGAUAUUGGAUCGUUGUACUCUGGAUCACUCAAAACAAAUUCAUUCCUGGUCCAAGUCGUCGAGCCCAAGAAGAGCGACACGAUACAUCGCAAGUUGUUGUGGCAGGCCAAACUGUCAAAUCAUGUGCCCAAGGAGGUACCGAUGGUGCCUCUACAAGCAGUCUUUCAACAACGUGUACAGAGAGAUGAUGGCGCUGACGACGAUGUGGAAUGGCUGCUGGCGUUCAAGGAGUACAGCCCAAUGGUACCUUACCUCAAGGAGCACAUCUCCAUGCUAACUCCGCUCCAGUCGUUGACGAUGAUCACUCAGUUGGUCAAAGCACUGGCGUAUAUACAUGACGAAGGUAUCACACACGAGAAUGUCAAGUUGGAGUUCAUCUACAUCAAUCCAGAAACCAAGGAUGUGUACCUCUCGAUGUUUGGAGAUGUGAGUGGAAUAGACCAAGUUAGGACAACGAACUAUCCAAAGGCAUCGCUCGACUUGGAGGCACUGGGUGUGGUCAUAUGCGAGUUGUUGCCAAAGCCAACACUUAAGAGAUUCACAGUUGAUCAGGUAUCCGCCAAUCCCAACAGCACAAUCGAUAAGCUGGUACCAAUGAAGCAUCAUGUUGCGCUGGCGACGUUUGUUCAACAUUGCUUCAACAAACAAGCCACUAUCAAGGACAUCACAUCAAAGUUGGAGGAACUCAUCAAACAUCUGUAG